AUGCAUACUGGGGAACACGACCACCCAUUCUCAUUCCCAGGAGGGUGGCCUGAGAUUCCCAUUGACGAGACACCAAAAUUCCAGGGCAAGGAUUCGUCCCAACAAAGACAUGUCCAGAAGAGAAGUCAGUUGGGGCGGCUCGUCCCGCCCUCCUGGAUGAGCAGUCCCUCGUCGACGAGCUGGAGCCUUGAGCACGUUUCCUGUUCCGGCUUGCACAUGAGAGAAGGAAGGGGUUUGAGAAUACGACCGGCGGAUGAGCCCUGGCCAACGAAACCCCAAACCAUGCAGUCCAGCACAAGCUGGUCGACGUCCGUAGGCGAAGUAAGACAUUCCGCCCUGUCAGCUCCCAAACCCGUCGUCCAGGAAGUAGGACUGGCGCUCUCAACGAAGGGAACGCAUCCACCGUUGCAGCCAAAAACUCUCCGUGUCGAACCACGCCAGCACAUGCACGUUAUGGCCCAUUGGGAGGCCGAGGGAGAAAAUGGAAAUGCCCGCCUCUCACCCUGUCAGCGACUCAUGCACAUCUGCACCUUGACAGAUGAAGCUGGUCAACCCGGCGUUUCAUGGGCCAAACGGGUGCAGGUCGAGUCGCCAAAUCUUGCCUGUUUCUUUGCUGUCUUGCGUCCAGGCCAAGCCGCGAUCUAA